AUGUAUUUUCAACAUAAAUGCUUUGGAAAAUGUUCCGGAACAUUAUAUCCAACAUUGUAUGUUGCACCACACGCCGAAUGUAUACAAUGUGAUACAUGUCAAGCAUUAUUUUCACCUAAAACAUUUGUUUCGCAUGGACACAAAUCCGAAGAAAAUCGUGUUUGUCAUUGGGGAUUCAAUUCCGACAAUUGGCGCGCCUAUUUAAAACUACGUUCCAGUGAGGACACCAGAGCACGAGAAGAAUUGGAACUAAUGAAAGAGAAAUUUCUCAACAACAAUAAUAAUAAUACUACAACAACAAAUAACAAUCCGAAAAAACGAUUGUCGCAACCAAUGGAUUCUUUAAUACCGGCAGAAAAACGCGCAAAAACAAAUCCAUCAUCGUCGGGUGAUAGUUGGCCAGCGGCAAAUAACCUUUAUUCUCAUCCUCAAACAGCAUUUUCAACAGUGAAAAAAGAUAAUCAUUCGGGAGAUUACUCAUUCGCUUCGUCUGUUCCUCGGCCAUCACCAUUACGUGUGGUUCGUUCGAGUUCACCCGAAUUAAAUGACCCAACAACCUCAUCCAUAACAAACUUUAAUGAUUUUACACCAGAUGGUAUUCGACACAUUAUUGAAUCGACAGUUACGUCGCCGCGCGGGCGUACUCAGCUAUUGGCGUAUAUCUCUCAAUUACAACUGGCUGCUUAUACACAAUCAUCAAGAACCAACACGUUGUCUGUUCAUGACAAUCAACAAAAUGAAACUAUUUUACUACGCCGAGAAAAUGAAUUACUUCGUGAACGUCUAUCGAAAUUCGAAUCGGUUCACGUUUCAUCCAAUGCGAGUACAACUAGUAAAACAUCGUCACACGAUCAUAAUCAACAACACGAUAGCACCAUCGGAGAUCUGGAUGAUGUCGAAUCGACGAUUUCGUCGAAUAGUGCAUCGUCAGCGAUGACACAAGAAACAACGAUUAAUGAUCAACGAAAAUACUUCGAUCGAAAGCGUCGUCUACUAGCCGCUGAACAACAAAUACCUAUUCUAGAAGCAGACAUGUUAAUGGCAAAGAAAUCUGGCGUUUACAAGAAGGCUUGUUUAGACGAAAUUGUAGAUUCAUUGAAUCAAAAAGCUCAAGCUGAACGAGAAGAAAAUCAUAAUGCUAACAAUGAUGAUGUUGAUGAUGAUGAGAAGAACUUUCGAUCGCCGUCGACAACAAAUGAAAGAGAAGAUGAAGACGAAGAGAUUGAUAUUGAUGAUGGCAAAGUUGCUGAAAAUGACCAAUAA